CGAACCCCUUAGCACCUUCGAUUCUCUUUGUCCAAGUGAAGCACUUGGCCUCAGAUCUCCAGGAGCCCCUGGGACUUUUGGAAACUGAGCUCUUUGGGAAGGCUUGAGGCAGGAAGAGGAUGGGGACCAGGAGGAAAUUGAGUCUGCUCCCUCAGCCAGGUGAUAUCAUAAUGGGCAAUGCCCAGCCUGCGGCGGGGUGGAGGGAGAAGCAGGAUGUGGUAGGAGCAGGAAGACUGUGGGGGGAAGAAAAUUGAGAGAUCCUCCAAAGAAAGGGAGGAACUCAUACAACAGCGAGCAGUUGCUGACUGUCUGGGGGAGACGGUUCUCACGGACAUUUUCCAGGGGCCUUUGAUUGGCAGAGCCCAUUACAGCAUCCCUAGGCCCUAAUAUGUUCCUCUUCUCACGUAAGACCAAGACCCCCAUCAGCACCUACACUGAUUCCUACAGAGUUCCUACCUCCAUCAAAGAGGUCUACAAGGACCCAUCUCUCCGCGUCUGGGAGGCCAAUAAGUCUGUGACCAGGGGCCUUACUCAGCGCAGGCAGCAGCCGGAGUGUUCAAACACAGCUCUGCAGAGGAUGGUGAACUGCACUGUGCAGGACUACCCCUAUAAAGAUUCUUUCACAGGCCACCCCUACUUUCCUGAGAAAUAUUGGAUCUCUCCAUUGGCAGCUAACAGAUGCUCCCCAAACUACCAAUGGGAAGACCAGUACAAGCCCUGGAGGAUGGAGCCUUCCUACUACACCAGCUGGAACAACAGAUACCUCACACCCCUUCCCCAGCUGCCCAAGAUACCAGGGAUGGAGACGAGUGGAGGAAUGCUGGAGGAGUGUCCCUGUAGACCCGAGCGAUUCAGUCCUUGCGGUCUGGACCUUCAGUACUCUCUGAGGCCUUGUGCCUCAGAGAACCAGGUGAUGGCGAACAUGAUGCACUCGCUGUCCCGGUACCAGCCGCUGCCGCAGAUCUCACCGCGAUACGGCUGCCUUGACCCACUCCGGGGUCGCAUGCCUUACCAGGGCUAUGAAAGUUCUUGUUCUGGACGCCACUACUGUCUGCGUGGGAUGGAUUACUUAGUUACCGAGGACCCCUGCAGCGAGACCAGUCGGCAGUCACUGCGCCCUCAACAACCGAUUGUAAGGAGUAUAUCACCGUACGAUCACCGGCCCGGAAUGCAGUGUGCUGUUCUGACGCCCCCGCCGUCAUUCUUCCCUUGUCCCAAUCUUAAAUGGGAAACAAGUCAUUUCGAGAAGACCGGUGGUGCAGAGAAAGACAACUAUGUAAUUCAUCCUGAGUUUACAUCAGAGAUCUAUCCUGAUGGCUGUUAGAACCCAAGGCUGGUGGGAACAAAG